AUGACGACGGCGGAGACAGAGAAAAUCUUUGCGGGCAAACCGAACUGGGAGUACGACCACAGGCGAGCGGACGAAUCGUUACAAUCGCUCGGCGGGUUCAGGGUCAGGCCCCGGCUGAGGGACGCGUUCAACGAGCGGCUGGUCAGGACCGCCGUGCAAACCGUCCACUCGGAUUACCUGGCCGGGAAGACGUGGGAAGACCUGGACCACAAGGUCACUUGCCGGGCCGUUGUCCGGGACGUGGAGCGCCGCGUCAAGGAGAUAUGCGACGACACACGCCCGGCGGGGUCCCGGUACAAGAUAAUUGCACACACGUUCAUCGGGGCGCAUCGUUGGCAGUCGGUCACCAUCGGCAUGCGGUGCCUGUGGGACGAGAAAACCGAUCGGCUGGUCCACGAGAAUUACCGCAACGCCGAGCUGUUUUGCACCACCCAAGUGGUGGCCGUUUACUAUUAUUGA